UUUUCAAAAGCUUUAAGCUUUAAGUUUUUAAUUAAUUAUCAUAAAUAAUGUCCGCAAAAGAUUUUACCCUGUUAUUAUUGGGUGAGUCGGCUGUGGGAAAGUCGACUUUCAUCAACGCAUUCGUCAAUUAUAUGUCGUACGAGACUAUGGAUGAAGUCAGAGGUCAACCCAUGUGCGUCAUUCCCGUCUCAUUCACGGUAACCGAUCCACAGACCUAUGAACCAAAGAAAGUAACUUUCGGUGGACUCGACGCCAAUGAAAACACUGACCGGUCGUACAAAUCGGGCACAAAAUAUCCCAAAUGCUAUAAAUUCAUAAACAAUAACAUUACGCUUAAUAUCAUCGAUACCCCGGGUAUUGCCGAUACGGAAGGCGUGGAUAAAGAUAAUAAAAAUAUAGACACCUUAUUGGACUUUAUUAGCAAUUAUCGCGAUAUUAAUGCCAUUUGUGUGCUAUUAAAGCCUAAUAACACUAAAGUAAAUGUAGUUUUCAAGUAUUGUUUGUUACAGUUGUUCAGUCACUUGAAUAAGUCUGCGGCCGAUAACAUACUGUUCCUCUUUACCAACGCCCGGUCAACACACUACGCACCGGGAGAUUCGGGACCGGUAUUGGAAAGUAUUUUAAGAGACUUAAGGGAAAGACCCCCUAAUGUGGACAUCAAAUACAGUACUAAUACUAUCUAUUGCUUCGAUAACGAGUCAUUCCGUUAUCUCGUGGCUACUGUUCCCCCGAAUAAUAUGAAGUUCAGUGAAGAUUAUAAAAUUGAUUAUAAUGCCAGUUGGGACAGAUCUGUGAAAGAGUGCAAACGUAUGUUUGAUUACAUCCGUACACUCCGGCCCUACAAUAUCCGGGACACAUUAUCUCUCAAUAGUGCCAAACAGGUUAUCCUACUAUUGAGUCAACCAUUGGUUGACAUCGCGAAGAACAUCGCCGACAAUCAGAUCCAAUGCGAGGCCCGUAAGCGCCGUAUACUUGAGUGCGAGUCCGAUAUAAAUCAACUUCAAGUCGAGCUAUACGUCCCACAAGUGGAUAUCAUAUCCACACCUUUACCCCACCCUAAGCUCGUAUGCACUGACCCCUCGUGCUGUACGCGCCGACAUGUUCAGGGUACCAGUGUUACCCAGUACGAUAACGAAUGCCAAUAUACUACCUUGAUGGAGUAUGAGAAUGAACAAUUUAACCUGGGAAUUGGCUAUGAUAAAUUUUUGCUUGGUGGUAGCACUACCAAAACUAAAAGCUCACAAAAGGUAAUGUGCGUUACCUGUGGGCACGGUAUCCAAUCGCACCGGUAUAUACGUUACGAGAAUCAAGUACAGCACCGGCAGGUCAAGGAUGAGACCAAACAACAGCGCAUUACUAACGCGUCGGAGGCGGCGGAGGCUCAGAGGUCGCAGUUGAAGGAACUGGAGGUUAAGAUCGGGGAACUGACCCGUGAGUCCAAUAUUAUUGUGAAAUGUAUGGCAAGAUUUGCCUACUUUUUGGUUCACAACUCACUGACCCAUAUGGAUGACCAUUUUGAAAGGCAUAUUCAGCAGCUUAUUGAUGAUGAAGUAAAUACCUCUGUUGUCAGUGAUGAUGAUAGUAGCAAGGUCAUUGUUGGCAAACUUAGACAACUACUCGAUAGCUAUAAUCGUGAAAAACAACUAAUAAUCGAUGCCUUGAAGUCUAUGAAUGCAAAUGAGUUUAGCAUAUCUUUGGAUGAGAUUCAGGGUAUGAUUAAUAAGUUGUGUGGUCUCAAGUGGACGGGUAGCACAAUAACACGUCUACUGGAGGUGCAACGGUGCGUACAGGUUAAGGGACAUACCAGGGUUAAUGAGGUGUCCCACUCUAUCCCAGAUAAGGCUGCU